GAAGUAGGGAAGACCAAACAAAAGGCUUCAUCCAUACCCCCCUUCCUCAUCUAUUGAGGUUCCUCCAAACAUGGCCUCUCAUCUCAUUCUUUACUCAGCUAUGAUCCACUGAGGCAGAAGCAGCAAAGCUUCUUAGGAUCAAGAAAGGGUGUGAAGGCAUAAAGAGAUUUGAGAGUAUUAAGUAGACCUCUCAGAGGUAAGACAUGAAUAAAGGAGCGUUCCAGAGCUAUCUGGUGCAGCAGCAGAUGGAGGGAGGCCCAACCUGGUGGAGCAUGAAAAAUAUGAAGCCACCUCCAGAGCUGACCUUUCCUCUGCUGCCCUCUUCUUCUUCUCCUGUCUUUCCUGAGUACGCACAGCCAUCUAGUACUGAGAUGACCCCUUGGCAACAUAGCCAAGACUUACCAGAGUCAUGGUACCAGCUAUUAUUGGGAGGGAUCGUGGGAGAAGAAGAAAAGUAUGGUUCGACACCUUUCCAAACGAAAAAGAUGGAGAUAUGUGCAGAUCAGCCCGAUCAGGUACCGUACCCAUCAGCUACUGCACAAAUCGCUGAUGUCAAGCGAGUGCCCCUUGGAAAUGGAAAUGUGCAUAGCCGUGGGAGCGAAGAGAUCCAGGUCUCUGGAUCUGCAUGGAGUCGGAUUCUACCGGCAUCAUCUCCUAGAUCCUGUAUCACUACCAGUUUCAGCACCAACAUGUUGGACUUCUCAAACAACUCAGGUCGCCGACCAGAGAAUUCAUCAGAGUGCAACAGCACAGAAACUGCUCCAGCUUCGAAGAAGGUUAGGGUUCAAGGUUCUUCUUCACCGAAAUCUAUACUCAAGGUGAGGAAGGAGAAGUUAGGGGAUAGAAUAACAGCACUUCACCAGUUAGUCUCGCCAUUCGGAAAGACUGACACCGCGUCUGUAUUGCAAGAAGCCAUCGGCUACAUCAGAUUCCUCCAGUGUCAGAUUGAGGCUCUGAGCUCCCCGUACCUGAGCAGUGGAUCAGGGAACAUGAGGCUGCCUGCACAGGGGAACAUGAGUUGUUUAUUCUCAGAAGACCCUGGCCAGAGUUCAAACGGCAGCGGCAAGAACAAAAGCGGGCCACAAGAUCAGGAACGAAAUGAUGAGGCGAAGAAGGACCUAAGGAGCCGAGGUCUGUGCCUGGUCCCUGUCUCUUUCACCAUGCAUGUCGGGAGUGAUGACGGCGCUGGUUUCUGGGCUCCAACUCUCGGUGGGGGAUUCUGAUGAGGCUCGCAAGUUCUUCGCCUGGGCAUAACAUCAUUAGCAGUCACUCUGCAAGAUCGAAGGCUGGUUGCUAACGGUGUUAUGGAUUCCUAUCCAGCCAAGAGAUCGAAAGACAUGCUUUCUUUAACCCUGCUUGAAAUUAGAUUUAGAAUUCCAUGAUGUAAAUCUUUCCUGCAGUGUGAUGAGCAAUCUCUUGGAUGCUAAUUAGGGUUUCAAUUUUGGCCUUCUCCGAAACAUCAUCUACCAUGGUUGUCGGCUUCUUCAAUCAUAGUAGUAAGCAAUAUAAUUUGUGGGUAAAUAUAAACAGAUGUAUUAGUUCUUCGAGUGCCUAA